AUGCCUGUUUUUUCAGGUAGCCCUUGGCAAGCCGGUUAUGGUCACCAGAUGGGCUAUGGAAUCGGGGGUCUGUUUCGCAGCGUGGCAAGAACGGUGAUGCUCAUGGUGAAAAGUGGAGCAAAAGCUCUAGGUAACAUUGCCCUGAAAAGUGGCGCUGACUUUGUGGGUGAUGUUCUUGCCGGUAAAAACGUAAAAGAGGCAGCAAAAGCACGAACCGUGGAGGCUGCAAACGUUGCGAAAAGAAAAGCUAUAAAUAAGCUGAAGAGUCAAACAGGAAGUGGAAAACGUGCGAAGGGAACAGCUAAAAAGAGAUAG